CUCCCAGUUUCCCUCCUCUGGCUUUGUACGUUCACCACCUACUCUCUGCGCAGCGCGCUUAAGCAUAAAAACGCGCUCUUCUCUCACUCCUCCAUCCCCCAUUUCUCUCUCUUCGCAAUUGCCUCCCUUUCCGGCCAUGGCCAUUGCUUCAGCCCCUCUCCUCUGCCUCUGCGUCUCCUUCUUCGCCAUUGUUGCCGCCGACGAUCCUUACAGAUUCUUCAACUGGAACGUCACCUAUGGCACCAUUUACCCCCUCGGCCUCCCCCAACAGGGUAUUCUCAUUAAUGGCCAAUUUCCUGGCCCCGAUAUUCACUCCGUUACCAACGAUAAUCUCAUUAUCAAUGUCUUCAAUAGCCUGGACGAGCCCUUCCUCCUCUCCUGGAAUGGGAUUCAGCAGAGAAGGAACUCGUACGAAGACGGUGUGUACGGAACAACAUGCCCAAUUCCUCCGGGGAAGAAUUUCACUUACAUUCUCCAGGUGAAAGAUCAGAUCGGAAGCUUCUACUACUUCCCUUCUCUCGGUUUCCACAAGGCCGCCGGUGGUUUCGGUGGGAUCAGGAUUCUCAGCCGCCCCCGGAUUCCCGUCCCCUUCCCGGAUCCCGCCGGCGAUUACACCGUCCUCAUCGGUGACUGGUACCAAGCUAAUCAUACGACGUUGAGGGCCCAACUAGACAAUGGUACUAUGCUUCCACUCCCCGACGGUAUCCUCAUCAAUGGUCGCGGGCCCAAUAGAACUGCCCCUUUCAAUGUAGAACAAGGAAAAACGUACAGGCUCAGGAUCUCAAACGUGGGGCUCCAAAACUCUCUCAACUUCCGAAUUCAAGGCCACAGAUUGAAGGUGGUUGAAGUUGAAGGAACCCACACCCUCCAAACCGAAUUCUCUUCCCUUGACAUUCAUGUCGGCCAAUUUUAUUCCGUUCUCGUCACGGCGGAUCAGCCCGCUCAGGACUUCUACGUCGUCGUUUCCUCUCGCUUCACCACCCCGAUUCUUACCACCACCGCCAUUCUCCGCUAUGCCAACUCUGCCGGCUCGGUCCAAGGCCCUCCUCCUGGUGGCCCAACCAUCCAAAUUGAUUGGUCCCUUAACCAAGCUCGAGCCAUCAGGACCAAUCUUACAGCCAGUGGGCCUCGGCCGAACCCACAAGGGUCCUAUCACUACGGUCUCAUCAACACGACCAAAACCAUCGUACUGUCGAACUCAGCCGGGUUUGUCAACGGGAAGCAAAGAUACGCCGUCAACAGCGUGUCGUUUAUUCCGGCGGAUACUCCCCUGAAGGUCGCCGACUUCUUCAAAAUCGGAGGAGUUUUCCGCGUCGGAAGCAUCUCCGACUGGCCAACCGGUGGAGGAAUCUACCAGGACACCUCGGUAAUGGGUGCUGACUACAGAGCUUACGUUGAAAUCGUGUUCCAGAACAACGAAGAUCUCAUCCAGAGUUGGCACCUCGAUGGCUACUCCUUCUUUGUCGUUGGGAUGGAUGGUGGGCAAUGGACAUCGAACAGCAGAAACCAAUACAACCUACGAGACGCAAUCGCACGUUGUACCACUCAGGUGUAUCCCAAGUCAUGGACGGCAAUAUACGUGGCGCUGGACAACGUGGGAAUGUGGAACGUAAGGUCAGAAUUCUGGGCACGCCAGUACCUGGGCC